UAUGAUUAUUAUGGAUAUAGUAUACUUGCCGCACAUGAGAAAUUUUAAUGUGCCGUUUCAGUUUUGGAGUCCCUAUUUCAGUUUGGAACUGAACUGGGAAUGACGUGGCCGAGGACAAAAGCAAAUUGACACCUUCUCCGUUCCCGACGACUCCCGUGAGCGUGGAGAGGCGACUAGGCGAGGCCAUGGCCUCCGGCAUCGGCUCCGGCCAGCAGCAACCCCCAGGUUCAGCAGUUAGAUUGGAUGCCCUAGCAGCGCCGGCGGCAGAUGCUGACCCGGGAGCCGUCGGCGACAAGCUCGUCUUCGAAGCGCCGCCUCAGCCCGUGAGGGAGGACUACGUCCAGAACGCCGUCAAGUUUCUCUCCCACCCCAAGGUCAGGGGCUCCCCCGUCGUCUACAGGCGAUCCUUCCUCGAGAAGAAGGGCCUUAGCACCGAGGAGAUCGACGAGGCCUUCCGAAGGGUUCCUGAUCCUCAACCCAGCACUACGGCUACCACUUCUCCGCAGCAGCAGGUCAACAGCCAGAAUCAAUCCGUCGGGGUGCAAGCUUAUGCGCCAGCACAACCUGUGCACCCAGCAAACGCUGGCCCUGUCGUCCUUCCAACGCAGCCCAGGUUUAGCUGGUACCAAGCAUUCCUGGCUGCAGGGCUCUUGCUUGGUUUUGGUGCUAGCGCUGCUGUCUUUAUCAAGAAACUGUUCCUUCCUAGGCUCAAGUCUUGGAUCCGCAAUGUUGUAGCAGAAGGUAAUGGCACUGAAGGCAACCAGCUUAAGCCUAGGAUUGAUGAUGAAACGGCUGAUGCUGUAAAGGCUUCUGCUUCGGCUGUUUCUGCUAUUGCCAAAACAAACCAACAACUGCUUGCUUCAAAGGAUGAAGCAGAAAAGAAGAUACUAGUGACGUUGACACAAGCUCUAGAUUCCCAAGCCAAGGAGUUAAAAUCCUUGACCGAUUCAAUCGGUCAUACCAGGGAACCCAUAAAUAUUACCAGGGAUGAUAGGUUUUCUCAGUACCGCCCACUGGAAGACCAUGCCCCUACUGUUAUAAGGAAUGGGGCAAUUAACAGUUCAUGGAGAGCCUCUCAGCAAACUAACAUGUAUGGUGUGUCAAAUGGCGACUUUGGUUCCGCAGUGAGGUCUUCAUUUGCGCCAGCACCUGCUGAACCUACAGCUGGAUCAUUUUCAAGAUCCUAUGGCGAGCAGCCGAUGUCCACUGCACAACGAAGCGAUAGGUCUUCUGGCAGUAAGCCAUGGGAGAUGCAUUCGUAUUCACAACAGAGGCCUGGUUAUGGAUCCAACUCCCAGUUGAGUGAUGAUGGAUCAUACUCUGAUGCCCAGGACAGCUAUGCUCCUUCCUAUCACCAGAAUGGAAAGGCCCCUGAUUUUCAAGCGGAUGAACCUAGGCCUUUGACUUACAACACUGGGGUUGAGGAAAGACCGCCACCGCAGCGCCGCUGGGUGCCCCCUCAGCCUCCAGGUGUUGCGAUGCCAGAAGCAGCAGCUGCCAUACGUCAACCAAAGGCCCUUCCAAAGCAGCCCUCCAGCGAUGCCUCUGAGGCAGCUGGUGAGAUGCAGGUGAAUGGUUCAAGUGCAUCGGAUGCUGUGACUGAGGUUCCUGUUAAUGGUGCUACUGCAAGCGAUGCUGGACGCAGUGAGAUCCAAGAACAAUCAGUGGCGGCCUAAGUGAAACCAAGACCAGCUAAGAACUGGGAAGCAAUCUAAGAGAGAUUCAGGAUCUCUAGUACAUCUGGGGGGUUUGUCAUACAUCUCUGAAUAACGUCUGUAUCAGAACAGCGGGGCAACCACGCCGAUGGGUACCCGUAAUAAUGCAAUAAGUAGCAGAUAGUUUCUGCAUUUAGAUUAAUGCUACUUGUACACAGGAGAACAUAUCAAUAAUAUUUUUUUGGCUGUUCGAUUGAGGGUGCUUAAAAAGUGUGCUUGUGAAUUGUUGUAUUUUGAUCUUGAUCUUGUGAUGACUAGCAAUCGCAAUGGACCAAAUGGAGAUGGUCGUUUGUUUU